GUGAGUUACACUGUUUUUCGAUUUUUUUGGUUGUUUGUUUUAUUCUUCCAUACUAUCUAUCUGCCUCUGCAGUUUUGGAAGCAGCAUCAUUUUAGAUUUAUCAUUUAUUUUAUUUAGAAUCUUGAGUCGGAUACCCAGUCGGGCAUCAGAAUGGCGUCACCGAAGCGUUCUCGACGCGAAGAAUCCGCUGUAGGACUCGUCAACUGCAUGAAGCAGACAUUAACUAGUGGAAAAUUCAGUGAUGUGCGAUUCGCCGUUGGUCGUCAUUAUGGCCCAGUGAAAAUCUUUGAAGCUCACAACUCACAAGACUAUCUUGGCAAUGCGCAGUUCCGUGUUCAGCGCCAUGUUUUACGGGGAGCCUACCGGAGAAUUGCACUGUUCCCAUUGAUAUUCCGGAUUGCAUUCCUGACGCGUUUGCCAACGUUCUGAGGUGCUUGUGCAAGUCACCAACUACAUGUACACGGAUGAAGUGUAUGAUCUGAACGCAGACAAUGUUUUCGACACCAUGCACUGCGCGGAUAAAUACGACCUGGCUUGUUUAGUGCGAAUUUGUGUGGAGAAGAUUGUCAGCGUGCUGGACGUGGAGAAUUGCUUGGCCGUUUUGGAACAGGUAGCCCAGUGGCAAGGGACUACUGAUCCUGUCCGGGAGGCGUGCUUGCAUGUGCUGGACGAGAAGACGGAAGAGGUUCUGCGAUCGGAACACUUCAUUAGCAUCAGUCAGGACACUUUGCGCACCAUACUGCAACGCGACACGCUGUCGGCUGGAGAGAAUGAUAUUUAUUUGGCUGCCGAGCGAUGGGCGGUGGAAGCUUGUAAGCGGAAUAACAUGGAGCCGUCCGCUGCCAACCGACGUCAGAUGCUGGGCGAUGCGCUCUUCCUGGUGCGCUUUCCCCUGCUGACGGCCGCGCAACUGGCGGAUGCGCCCGCGGCGAGCGGUCUACUGACGGAAGCCGAAUCUUCAUGUUCCGGAGUGCCGCUGUGAUGCCGUUGCUACCGUUUCCCACGGAGCUUCGACGCGGUGCGGUGUUGCCCAGCGGAGUACUGCCGGACGUGUAUCAGCUGCGUUUGCCGGACAUCUUUCGGGAUUGUGGCUGUGUGCAUGUUGAAUUUCAGUCCGGACGCUCGUAACUGGGCUGGAAAAUUUAUGUGAUCCGACGGAACAAAAUCAGUGGAUUUUUCUCUCAUUUGCGCAUACCUGUGGACAGAUUUUUAAUCGGUUUCUUUAGCUCGUGAUGUUUUUUUCUUGACGUUUUGCAUUAGAUCUCUGGUUGUUCUCUAACGUUUUUGAUCAGUUUUUGCGGCUUCAGAAUACUCUGUUCAAAUUAUGUGGUUGAAGAUGUUAAUUUAUCAGUUAUGUAAUUUUUUGUUAUUAAAAUUAAUAAAUUAA